AUGGAGGAAGAAACGAUAGAGUUUAUUGAUUACAAUAGAUGGCUGAAAAGGAUCGAGACGGACGUGGUGAUAAACCUUGUGGGAAUCGCCCGUGUAGACCUCUUCAAUAAACCUAGUUCUGAAAUACGUAACGAGAAUAUGGAGGAUGAAACGAUAGAGUUUAUUGAUUACAACAGAUGGCUGAAAAGGAUCGAGACGGACGUGGUGAUAAACCUUGUGGGAAUCGCCCGUGUAGACCUCUUCAAUAAACCUAGUUCUGAAAUAUGUAACGAGUUCAAAGAAAUCGCGGCAAGGUGGUUUGAGAUCGACGAUGACUACGAUUUAUUAAUCGAUUUAAUAAGGGAUGACGAAGAAAAGAAGUAUCUGUUCGUUUUUAAGGAUUCAAUUAGUGUCAUCAUUAUGUGUCUUUUCUGCAUUAAAAUAAACAUGAUCGGAUUCGAAGAAGAGGACAAAGCAACUAAGCGAUUGCGAGUAUCCGAUGUUACCAGUUUCGGCAAAACCUGCAAGAAGUUGAAAUCUAACGGAGUCAUUUUAACGAAUCAAUUUUGUAAAAAUCCUACGAAAAAGAAAGCUAAGGAACUUAAAAUUUUGUUAGCGGAUCCUCAACGCGCCAAAGUGAAGAUUGACGAUUUUGUAGAAGAUCUAAAGACGCGUGUGGAAGGUAACGAAUCUAAGAGCGAGACAUCAGGAGAGGAAGCAAACGAUCAUGUUUAA